AGCCAAUGCGCGUUCAGGGCAGUGAGGCGCGUCCUAGGGCUCUUUAAAAGCACGUCCACAGGUUUGUCUCCGGACCAUCAGCGGGUCUCAAGCACACGGAAGUCUUACAGCCGGCUGACAGACGCAGUAUGACGGCUAAGCAAGUCUGCAUCAUCGGCUCUGGCAACUGGGGUUCUGCUAUUGCCAAGAUAGUGGGCGCCAAUGCAGCAAAACACAGCACGUUUGAAAACACUGUGAACAUGUGGGUGUUUGAGGAGAUGGUCAACGGACGUAAACUCAGUGAAAUCAUCAACACCGAACACGAGAAUGUAAAAUACUUGCCUGGACACACGCUGCCGCCCAAUGUGGUGGCAGUUCCGGAUCUGUUGGAUGCAAUAAAGGGUGCAGAUAUACUCAUUUUCGUUAUCCCUCACCAAUUUGUGUCCCGAGCCUGUGACAUCAUUAAGGGGCACAUCAAAACGGACGCUUUGGGAUUGUCUCUCAUUAAGGGUGUGAAUAAGGGUCCUGAUGGAGUGAAACUGAUCACUGAUGUCAUUAGGGAAAAACUCGGCAUCACCAUGACCGUGCUGAUGGGAGCCAAUCUGGCCAAUGAGGUCGCUGAUGAGAAAUUCUGUGAAACUACAAUUGGGUGUAAAAACAAAGCUCACGGAGCCAUGUUAAAGGAACUGGUGCAAACCCAAAACUUCCGUGUGACCGUUGUGGAAGAGGCUGACGUUGUGGAGAUCUGUGGGGCGUUAAAGAAUAUUGUCGCAGUGGGCACUGGUUUCUGUGACGGUCUGGACUAUGGUAACAACACCAAGGCUGCCGUGAUCCGUCUGGGUUUGAUGGAGAUGAUCGCCUUCACUCACAUAUUCUGCACGACCGGUCCGGUUUCUACCACCACCUUUCUGGAGAGCUGCGGCGUCGCCGACCUCAUCGCCACCUGCUAUAGUGGACGCAACCGCAAAAUCGGAGAAGCGUUCGCUAGAACGGGGAAGUCUAUCGAGGAGCUUGAGAAGGAACUGCUGAACGGCCAGAAACUUCAAGGUCCGGCAACUGCAGCAGAAGUCCAUCAGCUCCUCAAAGAUAAAAACCAGCUGGAAAACUUCCCCCUGUUUAAUGCAGUUUAUCAGAUCUGUUACCAUGGUCAUCCGGUCAACGAGUUCACCGCCUGCCUACAGAACCAUCCAAAACACAUGUAAACAUCAUUAUGGCUGUUUUAGUUUUUUCAUUAACACAUUAUGAACAAUGUCUAAAUGUUGUAAAUUAACAGUACAUAAGAUUUAUUUAGGAUAAAAUGCAUUGUAAAGGAAGCUUGUCCUGUAUUAAAGUCUUAUUAUUAAAGUUGUCCUGUAUUAAAGUAUUUUUAAAAUGUCCUAUUCUGCAAUUUUCAGCCGAUGACGAAGUGCCUCAAAAGCAUUUACUUUCUGGAAAACAAAGUUUCUUUGUUGAUAGACCGUUAAAAAUAGAUUUUGUUCCGUAAGUUUGUUUGCGAAAUCAUUAGUGAUUGUAGAAAUGACUGAAGACAAAGUUAAGAUUUGAGUCUAGUGCGUCUCUAACACACAGAUGGAAUGUGACCUUUACUUUCCAAAACUUUCCGAUGCAUGUAACCUUUAACAUUUCAAGGGCUCGUCCUUCAACCUUUUCUUGAGAGCAAGCAGCUCCUUACAUAACACAAAAUGGAGCAUUUUAAUUACUAAUGUUUGCAAACUGGACUUACCUUGCACCGCAGAACAGAUCUUAUAUGUAAGUUAAAUAUUAAAGGAAAUUUUCCAUUG